AUGAGCAAAAUAAAAUAAAGGCUUCCAAAAGCUUGGCAUAAGUGCUAACAGAAAGAUACCAAGUAAUUUCUCUUAGUAUAGUAAUCUCAUACUCAAUCAUUUGCUUUGAUAAAUCUCUACAUAGCUGACGUGAGGUGCUGGAUAUUUAACUAUUUUUCAGGUGAUCUGAUAUUUUAUGCGUCAUCUGUCCUCAUAUAUGAAUAUCAUUACUGUUUUAGACCAGAAAUGAUGAAGUCCUCAAAUUCCUCUUUUCAACACAGUAUUCUCUCCGUGCUUUCAAUCUUAAAAAUGGAAAUCUCUUCUAUUCAAGCGAUAUUUGGAACUUUCAUUGCCUUUCUUCUUCUCCACAAAGCGUGGAUAAACAUUGUCAAACACCAUCACAACAACAAGAACAAAGGUAAGAAACUGCCAGAGCCACCAGGUGCAUGGCCUUUAAUCAGUCACCUUAACCUUCUCCGGCAACGAACUCCGGUUUACCGAAUACUAGGAGGCAUCGCCGACAACCACGGACCGAUCUUCUCUAUCCGGCUAGGCACGAAAAGGACCAUGGUGGUGAGUAGCUGGGAAACAAUAAAGGAAUGCAUUAGUACAAACGACCAAGCUUUCCUCACUCGUCCAGCUUCUGCCGCUUCAAAAUACAUGGGUUACGGAAAUGCUCUUUUAGGCUUAACCACAAACAUACAAUACUGGCGACAUGUUCGGAAAAUCGCAAUCACCGAGGUUCUUUCCAACCGCCAGCUGGAGCUCCUCAAGAAUGUAAGAGCUUCUGAAGUACACACCAGCGUCAAGGAACUGUACUUGCUAUGUUCCGAAAACAGAGGAAGUAGUUGUUCAUCCAUGGUGGACAUGAGCAGGUGGUUUUCGAGCGUGAUUCUCAACAUACUCGUCGGGAUGAUAUCCGGAAAACGGUAUAGCAGCAAGGACGACGAUGAAGAUGGGGAAUCUCGGAGAUUCAUAAAAGCUAUCCAUGAGUUCAUGUAUUUGGUUGGGAUGAAUGUUGUUUCGGAUGUUAUUCCGGGAACGGAGUGGUUGGAUUUGCAGGGGCACAUAAAGGCCAUGAAGGCUAAUGCUAAGAGGUUGGACUACUUCAUGAGUACUUGGCUGGAUGAGCAUCUUCAGAAGAGGAAAGAUGGUAAGAUGAAAGAAGAGCGUGACUUCAUUGAUGCGUUGAUAUCAUAUAUGGCUGAUGAUGAAGAUGCAGAUGGUUCAAUUUUUGGAUUCAAGACCCAAAAUGUCAUCAAGGCUACUGCAGUGAAUCUUAUAAUAGGCGGUACAGAUACCACAUCUUUGACCUUAAUUUGGGCACUUUCAUUGCUACUAAACCAUCAUGAAGUGCUAAAAAGAGCACAAGAAGAGCUAGACAUUCAUGUUGGAAAAGAAAGGUGGGUGGAAGAAGCAGAUAUUAAGAAUUUGGUAUACUUCCAAGCCAUUGUCAAGGAAGUACUACGCCUAUACCCUGCAGGUCCCCUCGGAGUACCACGUGAAGCCAUGGAAGAUUGCAAUAUUUCAGGUUAUCACAUCCCUAAAGGGACAAGAUUGCUCCUCAACAUAUGGAAAUUACACCGCGAUUCGCGAAUUUGGACUGACCCUGAUGAGUUCAAACCUGAAAGAUUCCUCACCGGCCAUGCACACUUGGAUGUUAGAGGUCAAAACUUUGAGUACAUUCCCUUUGGCUCUGGUAGAAGAGCAUGCCCUGGAAUUUCUUCUGGCUUGCAAAUGGUUAACUUGGUUCUGGCUCGUCUUCUCCAGGGCUUCACCAUGACUACACCGAGGAAUGAGCCUGUGGAUAUGGAAGAAGGUUUAGGCAUAACCAUUGCUAAAGCAAAACCAUUAAAUGUAAUGCUUAGCCCUAGGCUUUCACAUGCUUUGUAUCAGCCAUGAAUCAUAGGAAAAAAAAAGUUUGGAGUACUAUUUGGCAUGUUAUUGAUGAGGAGCAAAUCAAAUGUAGCAAGCUAGCUUUGGUUUGCAUCCUUUUUAGUUGGUUUGUAUGGCUUAUCUCUACUUGGACUAUGUUGAAUUUAUUGUCACGUUCGCUC